AUGACAGUGCAGUUGUGCACAAAUUAUUGUGCCGAGCAUGGUUUUCCUUAUGCGGGAUUACAAUUUAGAUCCGAGUGUUAUUGUGGCGUGGCGUAUACCCAUUCUAAUUUUCAAAAACAAUCCUCAUGUUGUACAUGGUUGUGUAGUGGUAGUCGAAAUGAAACAUGCGGAGGAGAAUUAUGUAAUUCCGUUUAUCAAACAGAUUUAGCUGUAACCAGUAAAAAUUCUCAAUAUGUUAGUUUACCUUCAGCACUGCUAAGUGGUUCGACUUUUUCUCCAUCACCAUGUAAAAGUAAUCCUUGUCAUGCGGAUGGCAUUUGCAGUAGUACCGCCGUGAAUAAUGGAACAUACAUGUGUAAAUGUAAACAAGGCAGAAUAGGAUUGAAUUGUGAACACCUUGAUCCGUGCCGACUAUCGAAUACCUGUCAAAAUGGUCAAUGUUUAUCGUAUUUCAAUGGUUCAUUUGGAUGUUUGUGUCAAAACAAUUCUUGUUUGAACGGCGGUAUAUGUGAUGCGGGUCGAUUAACGACAUUAACUUGUAAUUGUCCGUCUCAGUUUUAUGGUGAACGAUGUGAGUUGAAAUGUGGAUGUCGACAUGGUGGUCGAUGUAUAAUUAAUCAAAACAGAACAAUAUGUCGAUGUGAUGAGUCGAGAUUCUAUGGUGAUAUGUGUGAAUUUAUUUCCCCAUGUGCUUCACAGCCAUGUUAUUUCGGGGGAACAUGUUUGAGAAAUGGAACGAACUUCUCAUGUAAAUGUCCACCAAACAAAAUUGGCUCACAAUGUGAGGGAAAUGAUCCAUGCCAACAAAAUCCGUGUGCUUUUAAUAGUACAUGCUACAGAGUAAACGAUAUUAGUUAUAAAUGCGUUUGUGAUCAAGUACAUACGGGAACGAAUUGUAAUGAAAUUGUUCCAAUGAUCAGCCGUUAUGGUGUAUUUCAUAGUGCGUGUGUUAAAAAUCAAGAUUGUAAUACAACAUUGGAUUUAAUUUGUUUCAAAGAAAAGCGGUGUGCAUGCGCUGAGGGUUACACAUGGACGAUUGAUAAACAGAAACCACAGACUGUUGGAAGGUGCGCUCGAGAUCGCUCAUCUCAAUGUUAUGACGGCUUUUGUUUGAAUGGUGGUAGUUGUUUUGUGACAGAUACAUCUGAACUUGAAUGUUCGUGUCCUCCUGGUUACACGGGCAAGUAUUGUGAUAUUACCAUCGGUCCCUGCUACUCAAACCCAUGCCCGUACGUCGAUAGUGUUUGUCUGAGCGUACAAGAUGGAUACAUUUGUUUGUGUAACGACAACCACUUAUUAGAACCGUAUUGUAAUGUCAGCAAAUAUUGUCCGGGUACAAUUUGUAACGGCAGAGGAAUAUGCUAUAACACAAUUGAACAAAAUUCAUAUUGUCGAUGUUUGGAACCAUAUUCUGGCGCACAUUGUACAUUAAUUGAUACUUGCGGUAGUAAUCCAUGUGAUCCGUCAGCAACAUGUAUUCCUAUGGAACUUGGUUCUUAUUGUGCAUGUCCCCCAAAUAGAACUGGUCCAUCGUGUGCUGAAUCGAUUAAUGUGCCACUAUGCACGUCAGAAACAUGUCUAAAUGGCGGAACAUGCACACAGUCACCAGUUGGUGGAUUUGUUUGCAAUUGUUUAGUCAACUAUACGGGAAAUCGGUGUGAAGAUGAGGCUAAAAUUGAAAUUCGUGAUCCAUGUGCAACGAAUCCGUGUCUUAAUGCUGGAACAUGUAUUCCAAAUCAAGUGGGCGGGUUUACAUGUAAUUGUUUAAAUGGAUUUACGGGAAAUAGGUGUGAUGAUAUAGAAGAGCCCGUCUACGUCUAUGAUCCAAAUUCUCGAACUCGUACACCUAUAACAACAAAUACUCUUGGUUCAAAAACAUCUCGACGAACAUAUCGAGAAUAUGCAAAUCCGGGCUUUGUUACUACGACUGAUCUAUUAAAAGAAUAA